CUUGCACCAUAGCGGUACUGGCCAGUUUAUGAUAGGGCCAACUUCAAAAUGGCCGGAUGCAAUGUGGUUGUAUUCAUACUAUGUGUUUACGGAUAUGUUUCGCGUAUUGAUGCACAGACAAACUUGCUGCAAAAUGGAGACUUUGAGAAUACGAAUUAUGCAGGCAACUGGUACUGCCAGUCUUGCACAAUGGCUCCCAGCAAUGACGCCUACCACGGCUCGCACAGCGUGAAGAUUUCAAAUAGGCACCAGAACUGGAAUGGACUCGCCCAAAACUUGAAUCUGCACGCAACGUCCAUCUACACCAUAACUGCCUACAUCAAACUGUUGACCUCAACCAACAACGCCCAAUACCAAGAAAUGAUCAUGAUGCUUAACUGCAUAGACAGUUCUGGAGCCCAAAAGUAUAUGAAGUUCGGGGAGAUACACUACAUGGAGAAGGGGAAGUGGUAUCAAGUCGGCGGGGCUGACAAGAUUCCAAGCGGUUACCACGGCUGUCAUAUGUAUGUACAAACUGCGGCACCGGCCGACUAUUUGGUGGACGAGGCCGAGGUCCAUCUGAACCCUGUCCUUUCAAACUGGAGGAGCGAUGCCAACGCCAGGAUAGACACGUACAGGAAGGCUGACCUCACCGUCAGACUCACAGGGAACAACGUGAAUGCAGCGUCUGUCCAAAUUGAGCUUACACAGAAGAAGAUGGAGUUUAAGUUUGGUUCCGCCGUCUCAGCAACAAAAAUAGUGGACAGCAGCCAGCAUGCUUAUCAGAAUGCCUUCUACAAUAACUUUGAAUGGGCCGUGCUCGAAAAUGCCGAGAAGUGGCGACAGAUGGAGUCGACUAGAGGUCAAAUCGACUAUGACCGUCCCCUACAUGCAAUUGACGCGCUUCGUUCACAUGGAAUCAAGGUACGGUGUCACUGCGCGUUCUGGGAUAAGGAGGAGUUUACUCAGGACUGGGUUAAACAGCUGCACGGGGACAGCCUCAGAACCGCCAUCACCGAACGUAUCCAGGGUGUCAUCUCGCAUACAAAAGGAAAGUGUGAGCAAUGGGACGUGAAUAACGAACUUCUCCACGGACAUGUGUACGAGCUUCAGACAGGGGACCCCGACAUCACCCACAGCAUGUUCCGACAGAUCCAUGCCAUCGACGGACACCCGAGAUUGUUCCUCAAUGAUUACGGUGUCUUGAGCUAUGCCGAAUCCACGGUUGAGUUGGCGGACCUGGCACUGAAGUACAAAGCUGCCGGAGUACCUAUUGGCGGCAUAGGAGCCCAAAGUCACUUACACGGCGUAGAUGUCCACGUUAUCAAGACACGACUUGAUCUGCUUGGCAAGGCAAAGUUACCAGUCAUGAUUACAGAACUGGGUAUUAAUGAGCAAGACGACGCACAUCGAGCCACCCGGCUAGUGGACACAUUGACUAUGAUGUUCAGCCACCCGUCUGUGGAAGGCGUGAUAUUCUGGGGCUUUUGGGAUGGCCAGAUCUGGGAGAAAGACGCCGUAUUGUACACGGGCUCCAAUGUAACGCCAAAUGCUGCGGGUCGAGCGUACGAGGAACUAUUCCACACAACAUGGCGUACCCACGUGACCAGCACUAUCCAUGGAAGCACCCCGUUCCACGUGCGAGGGUUCAAGGGCGAGUAUGAGCUGAAGGUCAAACAUAACGGCCAUGUUCUCCAGACUGAGACUUUCACUCUCGCAGAAGCUGGCAAAACUCUUCAAAUACACCUCAACGGUGUGAACGGAGGGACACCGGACAUUUCCCAUGUAAUUAUUGGUUGAAAUUGAACUUAUCGACUGACAGUGUGUUUUCCUUGUUUUUAUUCUCAAUAAUACCAGUUCUUCAGAAAUGAAUACAAAAUGAACAUAAAAAAUG